UUCAGUAGUUUGCUUUUAUAUAAAGAUCAUAUUUUCACCGAAAAUCCAGUCGAAAUUGAUGAUUUUCACUAUUAAUCAUUAACGCAAUCUAAUAUUUUAAUGCAUAUGGGAUUCGUCAAAUCAAAUAUGUCUCCCGCGUAACGCAAGGUUUAUGAACAACGCAUGUGUCAAUAAUCUUGGCUUGUGGACGGAGACCAACCUCCAUGAUAUCAUCGCAAUAUCGACAUUUAAAUAAUAAAACAAAGCAAAAGCAUAAACUCGUGGCAAAUAUUAAAAUAUAUUAGCCUAACAUUGCAUAAGUACACAAAGCUAGCAUGACUUAAACUUGCAAACCAACUCUUCCAGCUAAAAGAAUUUUGACAAUCAAACCACAAACAAAGAAAAGAAAAAUGUGUACAACUGAAAACUAUUUUGUUUUGGAUCCGCGAGGAGCCACCUUCUCGGAUCUAAUACGUCUUCUCUUCUCCUCAGAUCUCAGGAAUAGAAGGUUCAUACACUCUUCUGAAGAUAGGCUUGAAGAUAAUGAUCCUUGCAAGUUCCGGAGAAGAUGGAUCAUCUUUGUAUCCAUCGUGAUUCAAAAACUCAUGAUUCUCCUAAGGAAACCUCUCUACUUUUUCGGAUUCUCUCUUGGUUUUUGGUUCAACCUUCUUUAUAUCAAUGGUGGCUUCUUCAUGAUUCUCCCAAAUCUUUUCAAAGGAAAGAUUAUUUGGCCAGAAGAAACAUCGUCGACAUUUGCAUCUCUAAACGGAAACCUAGACGGACGAGUGGAGUUAGACGGGAGAAUAGAGAGAGGAAGUAAAAGAUACAAAGCAAUGUUGUCAAUCAUGGCUUCUAAGCUUUCUUACGAGAACAUUAACUUUGUCAGCUCUGUCCUUCACAACCAUUGGAAGAUGGACCUGUUGGGGUUCUACAGCUGUUGGAAUGGUUACCAGGAACAGAGGUCAACGGAGGUGCUUGUCAUAAAGGACGCAAGCACAGAUCCAAACCUCAUCGUUGUCAGUUUCAGAGGGACUGAUCCUUUCGACGCGUACGAUUGGUGUACCGAUUUGGAUCUCUCAUGGUACGAAAUUAAGAAUGUGGGAAAGAUCCAUGGAGGAUUCAUGAAAGCUUUAGGACUUCAAAAAGAAGGAGGAUGGCCUAAAGAAGUGAACGUUGAUCAAACCCAAAAAGAAACAACUCAAUAUGCAUACUAUACUAUUAAGAGUCACUUAAUAGAGAUUCUCAAUCAAAAUCCGAAAUCCAAAUUUAUUCUGACCGGACAUAGCCUAGGUGGAGCCCUAGCAGUCCUGUUUACGGGAGUGUUGAUGAUGCAUGAGGAAGAGCAAAUGCUAGACAAGCUCGAAGGAGUUUACACAUUUGGCCAGCCACGUGUAGGAGACGAGGAGUUUGGAAAGUUCAUGAAAGAUUCGCUGAAGAAGUAUGAGGUCAAUUACGAAAGAUACGUUUAUUGCAACGACAUGGUUCCUCGGUUACCUUUUGACGACAAGACACUUAUGUUCAAACACUUUGGGGCAUGCCGUUACUAUGACAGUUUCUAUAGAGGAAAGAUAGAAGAAGAGGAGCCUAACAAAAACUACUUCAAUAUCUUAUGGGCCAUACCGAAGAUUAUGAAUUCAGUGUGGGAGAUGAUUAGGAGUUUCAUCAUACCUUAUUGGAAAGGUGAAGAAUACAGAGAAGGAUGGUUCUUGAAGUGUUAUAGGGUUCUCGGAUUGUUAAUUCCGGGAAUACCUGCUCACGCUCCUAAUGAAUACGUCAAUGUCACACUUUUGGGAAACUUAUUUGACUCGCACCAUGACUAGAAUUUGGUGUGCAUCGUUUCCAAAUUCUUUGUAUAAUUUACUUUUCGUUCAACUUUAAAUAAAUAUAUGAAGAUAAUGAAGGAGUAAUAAAACGGAUAUAAACGUAUAUAUAGGCUGGAGAAUGUCUACAGAAGGUACAGCAUUCACAAAUGAAAACUCAAAGACAAUAUUCUUCACUUGACUUAAAAAGUUGGAUAGUUUCAUUUUAUGAUUUUUCUUUUAAGAUGACUUUAG